AUGGACAGCGAAAUCCGCGACGCCGACCGCGAUCAAGCUUGCAAUGAGUGUCGCCGGCGCAAGGCGCGCUGCGACAAGACGCUGCCUGAGUGCGGGCCAUGCAAGAAAAAUCGAAGGCACUGCCUCUACGAGCGCCAUAGUAGAACGCCCUUGACGCGUAAAUAUCUCACCCAAGUCGAGGAGCAACUUCGACGCGCCCAACUCCAGGCAGCUCGUGCGGAAGCCCGCGCACACCGCGCCGAAGCGAGUCUACGCCAGCUGCAGCAGCUUGAUGGCGAGAGAAGCGCAGACAACGGGUCCGCGGUAGCAGCAGCAGGCCACGAUGCGCGCGAGGAUGAUGCCACACCGAACGACGAAGCACCCUUGGCUUUCGAAGGCCCGCCGUCCGGCUUGGACUACAGCUGGUCUGAGCAGACAACGGAUAAUGGACUUCAAGAGACGAAUCCAGCCACGGGCGGGUCACAAGAAGAUGAAGGCGCUGCCGAUGGUAUGGCUUCGUUGACGGUAGAUGAUCACGAAGCAGGCUAUCUGGGCGUGGCUUCAGGGGCGGCCAUGUUGCGGUUACUGCUUCCCGAUGCGCAUGCCUCCUACAAAAAGUCGGUUCUCCAACAGCCGCCUUCUGCUACUGCGACCUCCCUAUCCGAACACUGGCUGCAUACACCGCUGUGGGAUGCGCUUGACAUGGGAUCUGUGGACUUGGACGCUGCUAUCAACGCUUACUUUGGCCUGUACCACAUCUCCUACCCGCUUGUUGAAGAGCACACUUUCAGGGCCCAAUAUUCCCAAGUCAUACCCCGUCCAUCCGGACGCAGCUGGCAUGCCUUAGCAUUCAUGAUAGCCGCCAUUGGCCACUUCACAGCCGCCACAACCCCCACGGACACUGAUCGACGUCUAUUCAUGGCUGCAAAAUCCAACAUGUCUAUAGAGAGCUUGGAGAUGGGCAACAUCACUCUCGUACAGACACUGACGCUCAUGUCCAACUACCUCCAGAAGCGCAACAAACCCAAUAGCGGCUACAACUACCUCGGCCUUGCACUUCAUAUGGCCAUGGGACUCGGUUUGCACAAGGAAUUCCAUGAUUGGGACAUUUCGCCUUUGAAUAUGGAGGUCCGUCGUCGUGUGUGGUGGUGCAUGUGCGUCUUCAACAUUGGCGCAGCCAUCACCUUUGGCCGCCCUCUAGCCUGGCCGAAUCGCAACGUGGAGAUUUCGCUGCCGCUCAACGUGAACGACCGGGCACUUACCAAUCUAUCCCGUUCACUUCCCGAUGAAGUAGACCAUAUCACAACAUUCAGUGCCCUUAUUAUGCAGUCCAAAUUUCAUACGCUGACCAGCGACAUCUAUACUCGCGUUAUAUCUAUGCCAUUUCCAUCGGCCACUGAGCUCAUUCGGUUGGACGAUACGCUGAUAGGAAAGUGGGAAACCGCCGUACCAUCGUGGUACCGCCAGAGCUCGCCGGUACCUCCCAAGUUCGCAACUGGUCAUGCGAUUAUGUGGUGGCGGCUGUAUAACUUCAGGAUCUUGAUCUAUCGUCCUUACGUGAUGCGUCGAGUGCUUCAAGCGAGGGCACCGGACAACGGUAAUAGCAACGUUGUUCCACCCGCUGUUCAAGAGGCGUACAGCCGCUGCCUCAGGGACGCUGAGACAACUAUAACCACUAUCAGCGACUUCUGGGCCUCUACACCACCAACGAGGCUGGCUGCGUGGUAUGCUCUGUAUUUUCUUUUCCAAGCCUCACUCAUUCCAUGCGUCUGUCUUCGGAAUGAACCCAAUGCGCCCUCGUCAGCGAGCUGGCGCAAACAAGUCAACCAGACGCUGCAUACCAUGCAGCUCAUCGCAACCCUAAAUCCUAGCGCACAAGAUUGUUACAAUGUUAUCCAACGUCUUUGCGGGCCAUUUCUGCAACCGCAAGUCCACGAUCAGGCGACCGGAUCCACUCCCGACAGCACCACUCUCGCGAGUUACCCUCCAUUGGAGUCCACUCAAGAAUCGCCCCAGACACAAAUCAACAGCGUCUACGCUAUGAUGUGGCCGAACGCAAACCCGGCUGACGUCGAUGUGCUGAUGCAGGAUGGCCUAUGGAACAACUUCUUCACUGGUAUAGGUGAUAUGCCACAGCCGACGAUGCCGCAGCCUGGGGAUGCCGGAGCAACUCAAUUCUCGUGGGACUGA